UCCAGAAGAAGGGAUUUUUUUCUGAUCCAGCAAAGGAACUAGAGGAACCUCAUAAACCACCGAUAGUUUUUGUCCAUGGAAGCUUCCAUGCAGGUUGGUGUUGGGCUGAACACUGGUUGCCAUUCUUUUCCAGACAUGGAUUUAAUUGCUAUGCUCUAAGUCUGUUGGGGCAGGGUGAAAGUGAUGCACCUGCUGCUCCAGUUGCUGGUUCCCUUCAGACACAUGCAAAUGAUAUUGCUGACUUUAUACAUAAAGAAAUCAGGCAUCCACCAGUAUUGAUUGGGCAUUCAUUUGGAGGGCUUAUUGUGCAGUAUUAUAUAGCCAAUCUAUCAACGGGAGACCAAAAAGGCAUGAUUCAAGAAAACAAAAGCUCAUACCCCAGACUUUCCAAGGCCGUGCUUGUUUGCUCUGUGCCUCCAUCAGGUAAUAGUCGGUUAGUGUGGCGAUGUCUUUUCUCCAAACCUAUUGCCGCUUUUAAGGUAACGAUGAGCUUAGCAGCCAAGGCUUUCCAAACGUCUAUACCUCUUUGUAAAGAAACGUUUUUUUCAGCUGCAAUGGAUGAUAAGCUGGUUCUUCGCUACCAAAAGCUGAUGACUGAAAGUUCAAGGCUACCCUUGUUUGAUAUCAGAAAGCUGAAUGCAUCACUCCCUGUCCCUCCGGUGGCAGAUCCCUUAUUGGAAGUUCUAGUGUUGGGUGCAAAGGCUGAUUUCAUAGUGGAUUUGGAGGGAGUUGAUGAAACUGGAAGGUUUUAUGGAGUGUCACCUAUGUUUAUCGAAGGCGUUGCUCAUGACAUGAUGUUAGAUUGCCAAUGGCAAAGUGGUGCUGAAGAAAUUAUCUCAUGGGUGUAUUCAUUUUGGACAUCAAGACAUGGAUUCUAGGUAUCAUGUGGACAUAUCCAAACUUGUAAGCCCAAACAUAGAAGGAAAUCCCAUUACCCAAAUCUCACACCUUUACGUGAGAUUUGAAAUCCUAGCAAGCACGAAGGUUAUCUGGCUCCUUCGAACACAACAAUCGGCAGCGGAACUUCAAUCGACAGAGUACACAUAAUGUCACAUAGUGACAUGGCCCAAGAUAAUGAUAGUGAUAUGGAUGAGAUUGAAGAAGAUGAGAGUAGAGAAGAUAUGUAUAGACAUAUUAGAUAUUUAUUUGUAGUCAUUCAGACCGCCAUAUACAUGUUAAGCUUGCACGUAGUUAAAAUGCAUCAGAAUCGUGUGAACCGUUACUCACUUGCGAGGAGACCAAAAACUAGAGAUGGCUAUGACUAUAUUCAUAAAAUCCUGAAGGAAGAUCCAAAAGAUUUUCGGGAUAUUUAUAGAAUGUAUCCAGACGUUUUCUUGAAAUUAUGCCAUAUUAUUAGGGAGAAACAAUUGUUGGCAGAUACAAGGUACGUCAGCAUUGAGGAAAUGCUUGCAACAUUCUUAGUUAUUGUUGGUCAGAACAAUCGUUAUUGUCAAUUACGCAAAACAUUUGGAAGAUCACAUUUCACUGUUAGUCAAAAUUUCAACAAGGUUUUGAAGGUGCUACAACAUUUUGCGGUUGAAAUGAUGGCAAAACCUGGACGUACGGUGCCAGAAAAAAUAAGAGAAAGUACCAGAUUUUAUCCGUAUUUCAAAGAAUGUCUUGGAGCUAUUGAUGGCACACAUAUACCGGCAAUGAUAUCUGGCCGUGAAACAAGUAGCUAUAGAAAUCGUCAUGGGAUUAUUUCACAAAAUGUUUUGGCUACUUGUAACUUUGAUCUACAAUUUAUGUAUGUGUUGAGUGGCUGGGAGGGAUCAGCACACGAUUCAAAAGUUUUGACCGAUGCAUUGACAAGGGAAAACGGUCUGAAAGUUCCCAAUGGAUAUUUUUAUUUGGCAGAUUGCGGAUAUCCAAAUAGACGUCAAUUCUUAGCACCUUUUCGAGGUACCCGCUAUCACCUACAAGAUUUUGCUGGUCAAGGUCGUGAUCCAAAUAAUUCGAAGGAACUUUUUAAUCUUCGUCAUGCUUCACUACGGAACGUGGUUGAAAGGAUAUUUGGGAUAUUCAAGUCAAGGUUCGUUAUUUUCAAAACAGCACCCCUGUUUCCUUUCCGCACUCAAGCCGAGCUAGUGCUUGCGUGUGUUGGAUUGCAUAACUUUCUACGAAAAGAAUGUCGCUCUGAUGAAUUUCCGGUUGAUCCUGAAGAUGAAAUUCGAUCUUUUGAAGCGGAAGAUGUUGAACAAUAUUUUGCAAGUCAAGAACAACAAAGGGCUAAUGCAAAUGCUUGGAGGGACACAAUAGCAUCUAAUAUGUGGAAUGAUGCUAUGAACUAGUAUAGGUCAUGUGAUUGUCCAAGUAGCAUUUAUGUAAAGUUAUUUUUGUUUUAUGCUUUCAUAACAUUGACAAUCACUAUCUUUUAGUGCUGGGGAUUAUCUCAGUGCAAUUGAAGCAAUAGCCUGAGGGAAAUCAUUUCUCCAGUGGAACUUCAUCGUUGGCCUCAUUUCUAUUUAUGUUUUAGUUAUAAUUAUGAGUUGGACAGAGAGUAACAGA